UGAAAUUGUGUAUAUCUUGCAAAGUCAAAGUCUUUGUAAUUUGUAAACAACGUGUGUUACAGUGCGGCAACAGCCUGUACAACAGCCACCAGCCAUUCCCCAAAGAUAAGAUUAAGACAAUAGCUGAGCUUCCAGACCUAAUCUCUCUGGUUCUUUCUAGUUCUCAAAUCUAUUCCCAAAACUUUCUGUUUUCACAACUACAAGCCAUCAUUCGGUAAUCUCUUUUUGGUUUUCUAUUGAAUUUUGGUUCAUGAUUCACACUAUCAAAUGUUUAUCAUGAGAUUUUCUAGUUUAAAGAUAGGCUCAUUUUAAGAUUAUUUGUGUGUUUAGAAAAUAAAACAUGGAUGAGGCGUGUAGUAGUAGAAGAAAAAGGGGGGGUCGGCCUAAGAGUAAAUACUGGAAUGAAGCUGAAAAAUUAGAAGGUAAAAAUAUGUGGAAGUGCAACCAUUGUAAACAUGAAUUUGCUGGAGGUGCUACAAGAAUUGAAGAGCAUAUCACUGGCAAAGGAAACAAUAUUACAAAAUGCCCAAAAUAUGGUGCCCAUGAAGAAGAUAAAUUUAACUUGGGAGACCAGAUAGUGGAGCAUGAUUCUGCUGCAUUUGAAAAGGCGUUUUUUUAUCCAAAGGGGGACCCUGAUGCUGUUUGUAUCAGAAAGAGCGAUAUUGAGCUUUUACAGCCUGAGAAAUGCCUUAAUGAUAAUAUCAUUGACUUUUAUAUAAAGUAUUUGAUAAAUAAACUCCCAACUGAUAAACAGGACAGGUUUCACUUUUUCAAUUGCUUUUUCUUUCCUAAGCUUGUUGAUUUAAGCACAGAUAAUCCAUCAAUUGCUUCUGAUGGUAAAGCAGCAUUUCAGCGUGUAAGCAAAUUGACAAGAAAAGUGAACCUUUUUGAAAAGAAUUAUAUCUUCAUUCCCAUAAACUAUAGUCUUCACUGGAGUUUGAUUGUCAUUUGUCACCCUGCUGAAGUCAUGACAUGCUACAGAGAUGAAGAAACUAAGGGAUCUCCCAAAGAAGCUUGCAUCUUGCACAUGGAUUCCCGAAAAGGAAUUCAUCAAGAUCUCCACAAUGUUUUCCAAAGUUAUCUAUGUGAAGAAUGGAAAGAGAGGCACAACAAUGUGAGGGAUGAUGUUUCUCCUAAAUUUUUAGAUCUUCCAUUCCUGCCACUUGAGCUGCCUCAGCAACAAAAUGCAUACGAUUGUGGCAUCUUUUUGCUCCACUAUGUGGAACGUUUUCUGGAACAAGCUCCAAUCAACUUUAACCGUUCAACCAAGUUCAGUGUUCCUCCACCAGAUGCUUCUCUGAAACGAUCUCAUAUACAGAAACUACUAAUAGACUCAUUGCAUCAAUCUAGGUCGACUAAUGAAUUGCCCAAGCCAUUUGAUUUGGAUUUUGAGUUUUAUGAAUUUUCGGAAGAGAAUCCUUGGGUGUCGCCAGAUGAAGAAGUGAAGGAGAUGUGUACCCCUCAAGUGUAUCCCUCGAAUCUCCCCAAUAUUACGGCUGAAGGAGACAAUAAAAUGAUUGUUGGUGGUUCAGUUAACCCUCAAAACAAUACACAAUUGUCAGCUGCUUUAUUAGGAGGUGAUGUAGAAGAUCAUGUUGUGAACGGAGGUAGCAAUGGCGAUGAUGCUUUGACUAUAAAUAAGUUGCUAUCCAAUCUAGCAAGGGAAGAAGACUAUUUUGAUAAACGCUUACAGUGGCAGGAGUUCCAGGGCAAUAAGCGCAAGAGACAAGAUGACGAUUGGUUUGAUAAACUAAAGGACCUGAAAGAAAGAGUCAUUGAUGUGAAAAACUUACUGCAUCAGUUUGGGUCGACUAAUGAAUUGCCCAAGCCAUCUGAAUUGGAUUUUGAGUUUUAUGAAUUAUUGAAAGAGAUUCCAUGGGUGUCGCGAGAUGGAGAAGUGAAGGAGAUGUGGGAUUUUCUAGAGGAUGAGGAAGUCUUCAUUAUUGGCAUAGAUGGAAUGGGGGGAGUUGGAAAAACAUUCAUGGCAACUCAUAUCAAGAAUGAGAUUAAAAGAAAGGGGACUUUCAAGGAUGUCUUCUGGCUCACUGUUUCCUAUGAUUUCACCACUUUCAAAUUGCAACAUCACAUUGCAGAAACAAUACAGGUUAAGCUUUACGGAGACGAGAUGACUAGAGCAACAAUUUUGACGUCAGAGUUGGAGAAAAGAGAAAAAACACUGCUUAUUUUGGAUGAUGUUUGGGAUUAUAUUGAUCUGCAAAAGGUGGGGAUUCCUCUUAAAGUGAAUGGCAUUAAAUUGAUUAUCACAACUCGUUUAAGACAUUUGUGUCAACAGAUGGAUUGUCUACCAAAUAAUAUAAUAACAAUAUUCCCCUUUGAAGAAAAAGAAGCUUGGGAGUUGUUUUUGCUAAAACUUGGACACCGUGGAACACCUGCAAGACUUCCCCCUCAUGUACUAAAGAUUGCAAGAUCUGUUGUAAUGAAAUGUGAAGGUUUACCACUUGGAAUCAGUGUGAUGGCUCGAACCAUGAAAGGGAAAGAUGAGUUGCAUUGGUGGAGACAUGCAUUGAAUAAACUUGACAGAUUGGAAAUGGGAGAAGAGGUCUUAAGCGUACUAAAACGUAGCUAUGACAAUUUAAUUGAAAAGGACAUCCAAAAAUGUUUCUUACAGUCUGCACUGUUUCCUAAUGAUAUUUGGAAAGAGGAAUGGGUUAUGAUGGUUGUUGAGAGUGGGUUGUUAAAUGGAAAGAGGAGUUUGGAGGAAAAAUUUGAUGAGGGACGUGUCAUAAUGGAUAAACUCAUUAACCAUUCUUUGUUGUUAGAUGGUUGGAGGUUACGAAUGAAUGGUCUGGUGAGGAAGAUGGCGUGCCAUAUCUUGAACGUGAAUCACACUUACUUGAUAAAAUGUCAUGAAAAAUUGAGAAAGAUACCUCAGAUGCGGGAAUGGACAGCUGAUUUGGAGGCAGUUUCUUUGGCGGGUAAUGAGAUAGAAGAAAUAGCAGAGGGCACAUCACCUGAUUGUCCUCGCUUGUCCACCUUGAUUUUAUCUCAUAAUUUGAUCAGUCAUAUUCCCAAGUGUUUUUUCAGACACAUGAAUGCUCUAACACUACUUGAUUUAUCAUAUAAUGAUGAGUUAACAUCUUUGCCAAAGUCGCUGUCUAAGUUGAGGUCUCUUACUUCUUUAGUGCUCCGUCAAUGUUAUCAAUUGGAAUAUAUACCUCCACUGGGAGAUCUACAAGCAUUGUCCAGAUUGGACAUUUCAGGUUGUGAUUCGCUCCUCAGGGUACCGGAAGGCUUGCAAAAUCUAAAAAAGUUGCAAUGCCUUAAUCUUUCCCGCAAUUUGUAUUUAUCAUUGUUACCCGGAUGCGCACUGCCCGGUUUGAGGAAUAUGCAAUAUCUGGAUCUCCGUGGUUGGUCAGGUAUAAAAGUAGAAGAUGUAAAAGGGAUGACUAAGCUUGAAUGUUUUGCAGGAAGCUUUCUCGAUCAGGAUAACUACAACCGUUAUGUGCAAGAAAUUCAGGACACUGGUUAUGGACCUCAAACCUAUAUUAUCUAUUUUGGAAAAUUUAAGACUGCCACGCCUGGUUUUUGUGAGGAUUCUAUUUAUGUUGAAUUCAAGCUUCGAAGGGUAUGGUUUGGAGAUUGUGAUGAAUUACCCUAUUUACUGCCAAGAGACCUUGCGGAAUUACUUGUAAGUGGCAAUCAUCAAUGGAAAUGCUUAUGUGCUGCUCUGUCAUCUAAUGGUUCUCUAUCUUUAAAGGACAUUACCAUUGGACACUGCACAAAAUUGAAGAGUUUAUUCUGUGUAUCUUGUUCCUUAUGCACUAAUAUCCAAAACCUCAAAUCUUUGAAACUUUAUAAUUUGGAUAGUUUAAGUGUCAUCUGCAAGGAAGAUGUUGCUGAUUUAACACAAUUUUUAUAUCUGAGGGGGGUGUUUUCUCAUCUCAAGGAAUUGAGUAUCCAUGGAUGCCAUCAGAUAGAGAAGUUGCUGACGCCAGGGUUAGUGCCACAACUUCAAAACCUGGAGUCUAUAUCGGUACAGGACUGCAAAUCAAUAAAGGAGAUAUUUGCAGGAGAUAGUUCCGACAACAUUGCACUUCCCAAGUUAACCAAUUUGGAACUGGACAUGUUACCAGAAUUAAAGACAGUGUGCAAAGGAAUUUUACUCAUUAACUCUGAGGAUAUAUUGCACAUCAACGAUUGUCCCAAUUAUGAAAAACCCAGAAUUGGUCGUGUAUGAUUGAUUCUGUUGAUUCAGAUUAUGGUACUUAUUUUAUGUGGCUUACUCUUUGUAUUCGUAAUUCUUGUAAAGAAAAAACAAAAUCAUAAUUUGCUUUUUGAAAUAGUAUACUCGCUUUUAUUGGUACCAUUCAUAAUCGGUUCGGGGAAGAAUGUAUUUCCGGGCAUUGCAAUUUCAUAUGGUGGAGGAAGGUUUGGCAAGUAUCCAACACCUCCCUCUCCGGUCUCCACUCUCUCGUUAAUUUACUCA